UCUUCUUACGAAGAUGCCCAGUGUUCUCUUCAACAAAUUGAAAAAUUGGUCAACCCUAAUUGCUCUAAAGAGCAACGAUCAAAAAAGAGAAAGCUCUCUGUAACCCAAGAAUGCCCUGAUAAGCUUAGUGAUGAUUCUAAAACAUUAAAGCAA